UCUAUGCUUUGGUAGUAUGGUGGUCGAUACGGCAAUAUUUGUGUGAAUUGUUUGGUAAAUUACGCGGGAAGUUGUGUUCGAUUUAUCAAAUUAAUAAUGAGUGUUACUGAAGAUGUGUUAAAAAUACAAAAAAAGCUGACAGAGAUGACAAGAGAUGAUGGCUCGGGUCAAGAAGAAGCUUUGGAACUCUUAAAAGCCUUGCAAGUGAUGGCUAUUAAUUUGAAUGUCCUGACAGACACUAGGAUAGGCAUGACGGUUAAUGCAUUGCGCAAAUCUAGCAAGGAUGAAGAGGUUAUAUCCCUAUGCAAGACACUCAUUAAAAAUUGGAAGAAGUUUUUGUCUAACACCCCAGCUAAAGAAUCAUCAGGCAGCUCAUCAAAGCCUAAAAAAGAAUCCAGUAAAGGCAAAGAUAAAAAGGAUGACAAAGAAAAAGAUAAGAAGUUACCUGCUUCCUUCCCACCGCAGUCAAAUACUGCUGAUGCAGUGAGACUGAAAUGUCGAGAACUGCUCACCCAAGCACUUAAAACUGAUAAUGACAAUCCUAACUCUUGUGGAACCCCAGAAGAACUUGCCGAAGAAUUGGAAGAAUGUAUUUUUUCCGAAUUUAAAAAUACUGACAUGAGGUACAAAAAUAGAGUUCGGUCACGAGUGGCAAACUUAAAAGAUCCAAAGAAUCCAACCCUAAGGACAAACUUCCUGAAUGGUGUUAUAUCUGCCGCUCGACUCGCUAAAAUGACACCCGAUGAGAUGGCCAGCGAUGAAAUGAAAAAACUGAGAGAAAAAUUCAUAAAAGAGGCAAUUGAUGAUGCCCAGUUGGCCACAGUACAAGGAACAAAAACAGAAAUGCUCAAGUGUGGCAAAUGCAAAAAGAAGAACUGCACCUACAACCAACUCCAAACAAGGAGCUCUGAUGAACCUAUGACCACUUUCGUUCUUUGUAACGAAUGUGGUAACCGUUGGAAGUUCUGUUAAGACUGCAUUUAUUAAAUAAAGUUAGGUGUAUCCGUUUACACUAUUGUAUGGAGUAAUUUUCACUUUUACUAUAGUAAAAUGUUUUCCCUUUAAAUGUAUUGAACCCCUACUACUUAUAUUUAAAAUUAAAUCAUGCUAUGUAGAAAGAGGGAUUUUAUUGACUAAUAAAUUACUGCUUUAAGUGAAA